CUACCUGUAUACAAAAUGGCCGCCGGUGGUUUAAGUCGACAAAGUUAGAGUUUAGCUUGUAAUUCAAAACUCGCGUUGUCUUUUAAGUUCAUCCAUCUUGUCUUCGCUCACAUUUCGCUAAAUGUCGACUCGAAAUACUGCGUGAUGAGAAGAAAAAGUACAGUGAAUGGCGGUCGUAACAACCAGGUGCUUUGUUUACCUUUUUUGAGUCAGUCAUGCUGGAGGAGCAACAAGAGCAACAGGAGCAGAAACCAUCUCGGUGUGAUCUGCCCGUGGACAGUCACACUCCUGCUUCUGCAAAAUCACAGGACAUUUCUCACGUGUUGGCCAGCACCUUUAAAGAGCUUUACACCAAAGUCACACCAUGCAACCUUAUGAAGGCAAAAGGAAGGAGCAGCUAUCAUGACAAAUAUGUCGAAGAGCUCAAACGGGUUCGAGCUGAAUACAACCAGCGUAUAAAAGAGGCAGACAUGCUGGAGAGCCACAUCAUCCAGGCCAGAGCUCGAGCGGCAGCCACGGAGCGGCGGACCGCGGAACGGAUGAAGGAGGACUUCAGGGAUGUACCCGAUCUCCAGGGCCUCCCUCCAGUCAAGUCAGCCUUUAUCUGGCAUGUUGAUGAAGGUCUUCUCCAAGUAAACAACCUGAUUUCGCCGCUGGACUAUUUAAAGUCACAAAAAAUGCAAAUGAAGGCUCCAGCAGUUGUAAAACCAGAUCUUACAAGACCUACUAUGGCUUACACCAAGCACACUGCCACCGAGGCACAUGACAACGCCCUGUGGAGGAUGAGGAACGAGUCCGAGUCCAGCCAGACUAUGGAGUGCAGCUCACUGGCCCUAAAGAACAAGAAAACACCCGAUGAGAUGCAGAACAGACCCAAGCCAAAGUGGAAGGAUGAGCCGAGCGCAACGGAUCGGGCAGAUGGCAACGAAAAACUCCAGAAGAUGAAAGAACGGCAACGCAUACUCCAAAACCCGCGGUUCCUGCCUCCAAAAGCCCACCCGGGCGCCACCUCCCUUAUUCGUCCUCGGUCGGCGAAGAACGAUCACGGGAGGGACAGCACCGAGACGGCGGAAAGCCCCAAAGACAGUCCCGUUCAGGUCUUCGUGGCAAACCCUCCUGUUGUGCUUUUCACUGUCUACAGCGUGGGACAGGUCUAUGAGACAACACUGGAGCUACAAAAUGUGACCUUUUCUAGCCGCGACAUCCGAGUUCUGCCGCCAAACAGUUCUUACUUCACCAUCGGUCUAGGGAGAUUCCCUGGCAAGGGCGGCGUUGUUGCUCCAGGCAUGAGUUGUAAAUUCAUGGUGCGCUUCGCACCAGACUCCCUGGCCGACUAUGAGGAUUGUAUAGUGGUGGAAAGUCAGGGCGAGCAUAUCCUCGUGGUCCCCAUCAAAGCGCGGAGACCGCCUCCUGUUCUCACCUUGCCAAGUGUUCUGGACUGUGGUUAUUGUCUCAUUGGGGGAGUGAGAUGUGUCGAGUUCUAUUGUCAGAACGUCGGCCUCAGCGCUGGCACCUUCUGUAUCGUCCCAAAGAAUCAGUGGCCAGCCACCAACCCCAGGUUGGUGGUUACAAAUAGUUAUUCUGACCAGCCUCCCUUUGCCGUCAGCCCAUCUUUCUUUGCCCUGCAGCCCGGAGAGACCACUGUAGUUGAGGCAGUUUUCUUUCCCACCACCACCGAAAGGAUUUGCCAGCUCUUCACCGUCGUGUGCGAUAACUGCCAAGUCAAAGACAUUUGCGUUCAAGGCGAGGGCCAGCUCAUCGCGCUCGAGCUGUUGUCUGUUUCUGGCAAGGAGCAGCCCCCCAUGUUGGGGGAGGUGCACGACAUGACCGCCGACCAUUUUGUCCGAUUCGACCCGUGCAACCCUCACGCGGUGCAGCAGAAGGCGGUGAUGAUCAGGAACAAUGUCCACUUGGAGCUACCGUUCCACUGGCAGGUCAUGAAGCCCAACCUCCUGCUGUUUCCUCCGGGUGAAAUCCCCGAGCCCUGCAACAUCCAGUACCACCACGACAGAGACGACAUUUUCCAAGUCAGCCCCGCGACGGGAAUUUUGGCCCCCUGCCAGGAUCGAGAGUUCACCAUCGCCUUCUGUCCCAAGGAGAUGCAGGAUUACCACAGCGUGUGCCAUUUAGUCCUGAGCGACGUCCCCCAGCUGCCGUUGGAGUCCUGCGACGAGGGGUCCGGCCUCCUGCAGCCCGUGCGCAUCGGCUCCAAGGUGGGCGACGCCACCGUCAUGGAGAUCGAAGUCAAGGGGACUACGGAGCCCUUCAACAUCCUGCUAGAGCCCUACGCCCUCAUCAUCCCUGGCGAACUCUUUAUUUUUUCCACCACCCAGCGGCAUUUUAAGAUGUGGAAUCACAGCAAAACCCCUGUUUUCUUCCGAUGGGACACGGUUAGUAGCAGUUGUCACCAAAUAGAAGUGGAGCCCGCGACUGGAAAAAUAGACGAGAAGGAGUGUUUUGUCUUCAAACUGAUUGUGACUGGCGGCAAACCGGAGAAGGUGGUGACCAGUCUGCUGUGUCACAUCGAGCACCGCUCUGAGCCUGUCACCUUGGCCGUGGAGGUCACCUUCAAGGGUCCCACCGUGAGCAUCGGUGCGCCCAGCGUGGACUUUGGUCUCAUGAGACUCGGGGAACAAAGCCAGAAAACGCUGUACCUCGACAAUGUCACACACCUGGAGGCUUCCUGGACGCUGGAGGAGGUACACAAAAGUCAAGAUGAUGGCCAAGACCCGCAGCUGAUUAUGGAGCCAUGCAGCGGUGUGCUGCCCCCUUUGACCGGUUGCAGCGUGGUCAUCCACUUCAGGCCACAGUUCUGUCAGGAGCUUGAAACAGAGCUGGAGCUAUCAGUGGAGAAUGGGACAGGAUGUCACCUGCUUCUGGGAGCAGAUGUGCAGUCUCCUCAGCUGUGUCUGCUCAACUGCAAGCUGCUCCUCUCGGAACUCUACAUGGGCGUGGCUGCAGAAGGGACCGUGACUCUCUUCAAUCAGACACUCCUGCCGUCCAACUUCUCCUGGAUGGAUGCGCUCAAGGGUCAGCAGGCGUCUCUCUGUUCAGCCACUUUUGAGCCUCCAUCGGGUACUCUGGGACCAAAUACCCGCUUGGACAUCACAGUCUCGUUCAUAUCCCAAACAGAUUCGGCACUGAAUGACGUAGUUGCGCUCUGUGAGGUAGAGGGCAUGAGCUCACCUCUUGUUCUCAGCAUUCAGGCACCCACCACACAGAGACUCAGAGUGUCGUACUCGCUCCCUGGCAUCAAGUUAGAACAUUCACCUUUGUAUCUAAACAUUUUACCCAUCAUCAAGAAGUCAUCGCCACUCUUCUUUCUCUCUCCCAGUAGUCCCCCUCCGGACAACAGGGGGCAAUCGGAGUUGACGGUCGACUUUGGCGACAUGCUGCUGGCGAAACCCAUCACCAAGCAGCUGCUGAUGACCAACCACACCGCCAUCCCGGCACCCUUCACCAUCCAUGCGGAGUAUUUCAACUCCGACGCGUCAAAACCCAGCAGCCAAUCAAAGAGAAGAUCCCAAUACAUGAAGAAGCCGCUUCACUCCGUUCAAGCCAGGAAAUUAGAGGAGCAGUCACACAAGGACUUUUUGAGCAACCUGCUGGCUAACGGAAAAGGCGCAGCCUUCUUCAUCGUGCCAAGCGCCGGAACACUCGAUCCCUUUGAGACCCAAACUGUGGACGUGACCGCCUUCAGCGACAUGUGGGGGGAGUACAGAGAUAAUCUUGUAUGCAAGGUCGGGGACCUUGAGCCCAGCCUCCUCCCCAUGCAGAUGACCGUGAAAGGCUGUCCGCUCUACUUCCAAAUCACGGGCCCGCGUCCCGAUGAUCAGCACCAGGGACCAAAUGUACAGUUUGGAACUCGAUUAUCUGGAGGCGACACUAUUACCCGUUCUCUUCGCAUCAACAACCCCACCUUGUUUGAUAUUCGUCUGGACUGGGAGACGUACAACGUCGUCCUGAAUGAUCGCAAACUGGUGGACAUCGUGAUGUCGUACGGGGAAAGCUUCCCGCUCAAGGAUGCUAACGGCAACCCGAGGGGAGCGUCGACGCUUUCCAACGGAGAGGCUGCCUGGAAAAGGCCUCAGGGGUUAGGGUCGGAGGCUUCUCUCCACAGUUCCAAUGCCAUGGAGAGAGAAGACUGCACAACCAAGGACGACACCAACAGACUUUGUCCUGCAAAGAGAAAAAUGCUAUCUGUCCACAUUCGACCCCAUGUGGGAGACAAGUCAAAUGAGCCCUACUGCGUCACACCGCAACAAAUUGUGAUCCCGGCUCAAGGCAGCAGCACCGUACACGUGUCUUUCACCCCACUCACCCUGUCCGCAACAUCUUGCGAGUCAAAAUGCAUGGGCUUGGCUCUGGGCUUCAUUAGUCUGGACUCUGAGGUGGCCGCUUGUGUCCUGGGUAAGGUGGCAAGGGUCCAGGGUUUGGAUCUGGAGCCCAUUAGAGUGGAACUCCUCGCGGUGGUCAAGCCUGCAGUGCUUUUAGUGCAGAUGGAAGACGACAACAAGGUGGUGGAAUUUCAUACCUCGGCCGGCGAUUUACUGAGGAUAGAGGAAGAUAAGGUGUAUUUGGAGGAAUUUGACAACAUGCAGAGCUUCCUGCUAAAAAACACCACUGAGAUGCCGCUGCGCUUUAGACUCAGGACUCAGCCGCCAUUUUCAGUGCUCAAGGUGCCACCUCGAGCCGGGUCCAGCGCCUCCAGCAUAUCGUCGGCCGCCGACCCUCACUCGCUGAUUCUGCAUUCCCAAAAUAGCAUACUGGUGAGGGUGGCCUUCUGUUGCUCACCGUCACUUUUGGAGUACACUGAGCAUCCUACGGAUGGUGUGACCCUUGUCCCCAGUGACAGCGGAUACAAGCAGCUGAGGAUCCACCAAGAUCUCCUCAUUCACUACAGCAACAACAGCUUGCAGAUGGUGCCACUCUACGCGCACUUGAAGCUGGCGUCGCUGUGCCUGUCCACCGACCACAUCAAUUUCGGCCUGUGCUACUUGGGCCAGACGCAGGCGAAAGAAGUCAAGCUCUACAGCCUCGGCUCCCAAACCCACUGGUCAUUGCACAUAGAGUCGACCGAAGACAACUCCCACGUCUUCAGCGUGACGCCCUCCUUCGGGCUCCUCCGCUCCAAGGACCACCAAUCCACGGGCGACCACUGCCAACGCCUAGAGAUCAGCUUCACUGCCAGUGAGGUGAAGCACUACAAGUCCACAGUGGUGAUUACCUCUAUCCUGGAAAGGAGUCCACUCCUCCUGCAGCUUCAAGGAACAGGAUCACGCCAGAUGUAUUUGUAAAUGGUAUUGAUUUGUUUGUAAUAGCAGUCUCAAUUCAUGCAUUCUGGACAAUCCACCAUCCACUUCUACUAGCCUAUGUCUUUUUUAUUAAAUGAGGCUUGUAUUUUUUGUAA